CUUAACUCAUCCAAUGGCUACUACAACACGUGUCCACUGCCAUUGUUCUUCUCUUUCUCUAGCCCCGUCGUUGUCAUAAAUACGCUUGCGGGGUCUUUCAAAAUCGUCUACCAUUUCAUUUCCUUUCUUUUCUUCAUCCUCUCUAUCAUUUCUCUCAACCACCCACAAUAACUGCAACACUUUCAGGAGGCUUCAACCGGUUUCAUUGUCAAUGGCGGAUUCGCGUCCAACCACUGUUCUUGUCACUGGAGCUGGUGGCAGAACUGGUUCAAUAGUUUAUAAGAAAUUGAAGGAGAGGUCUGGCCAAUAUGUUGCACGAGGUUUGGUCAGAACUCAAGAUAGCAAAGAGAAAAUUGGUGGAGCAGAUGAUGUUUUUGUUGGGGAUAUUAGGGAAGCAGAAAUUAUCACCCCUGCUAUCCAAGGAAUUGAUGCUCUCAUAAUUCUCACAAGUGCAGUGCCGAAGAUGAAACCUGGGUUUGAUCCGUCCAAAGGUGGAAGGCCUGAGUUUUAUUAUGAAGAUGGAGCAUAUCCUGAACAGGUUGACUGGAUUGGUCAGAAGAAUCAAAUAGACGCUGCUAAGGCGGCGGGAGUGAAUCAGAUUAUUUUGGUUGGGUCUAUGGGUGGGACAAAUCCAAACCAUCCCUUAAACAGUUUGGGCAAUGGGAAUAUAUUGAUUUGGAAGAGAAAGGCUGAACAGUAUUUGGCUGAUUCUGGUAUCCCAUACACAAUUAUAAGGGCUGGAGGCCUGCAAGAUAAAGAAGGCGGCGUCCGAGAAUUACUUGUUGGGAAGGAUGAUGAACUUCUUCAAACAGAUACAAGAGCCAUUGCAAGGGCUGAUGUUGCAGAAGUCUGCAUUGAGGCAUUAGCAUACGAGGAAGCUAAAUUUAAGGCAUUUGACUUAGCCUCCAAGCCAGAGGGAACUGGCACUCCAACAAAAGAUUUUAAGGCUCUCUUCUCCCAAGUCACCACUCGAUUUUGAUUUUCAAUUGACCAUUAUGACCGGUCUUGGAUUUUACAUUUCUGUGUUUAAACUUCAGAAAGAGUUGUCUGUUGAUGAGCAGAAAGAAAAUAAUAAGAGGAUACUGCACAGCUUGUGAAAGUAUCUUAAAUUAAGAACGGAUGUAUAAUGUUAAUUGCUUAUUUAUUGUUUGCUCA